AUGGUUGUGCCGGGCCGGAUUGCAACAAGCGAGCAGAAGCACGGAUCAUCGUCAAUGCUCUUGUAUUGGCUAGAUGGUAAUGUGGUGAUAAAGACUACCCAGUGGCUGACUGGGCGGACGACAUCUUCCCGAAAAGGGGGACAAUGGUCGGCGGAAACAACGUGGGAACAAGGACGCGUCCUCAGCAUGUACGAGGAAGCCGUAAUCAUUGAGUUGUGCCGAUCAAAUUCGAGAUGGCAAAGGCUUGUGGCGGCC